GAGAAGUACCUAUAAUCACCUGAGCAGCUGGCUGACAGACGCCCGGAACCUGACCAAUCCAAACACAGUCAUCAUCCUGAUCGGGAACAAGGCGGACCUGGAGGCUCAGAGAGACGUGACGUACGAGGAGGCCAAGCAGUUCGCAGAGGAGAACGGGUUACUGUUUCUAGAAGCCAGCGCCAAAACAGGGGAGAACGUGGAGGAGGCCUUCCUAGAAGCAGCUAAGAAGAUCUAUCAGAACAUUCAGGACGGCAGUCUGGACCUGAACGCUGCCGAGUCCGGAGUCCAGCACAAACCGUCGGCGCCUCAGGGGGGUCGCCUGAACGCCGACAGCCAGCCGGCUAAAGAAGGCUGCAGCUGCUAACCGCCGAGCCUCGGACCCUCCAACAGAUGGACAAACUCAGAGACCAGGUCCACCGCCCAGAACUGGAUCACAUCUAACCCUGGCUUGGUCCAAACACCUCUUCUGGACUCUGUUCAGGACCCAGAACACACUUUGUCCAUCCUGCCUUCUUUUACCAUAAACCUGGUCCAGUUCCACAUCUGGGCCAGACUUUAAUCCAGAUCAGUAUUUGAUAAUCCGGUUCUGGACCCAGAUUUACUCAAAAUAAAACCCAAAUCCAGAUUAAAGACUCUCGGGUCCAUAUUUAGACUUGUAUCAAACCUCAGCCCACAGAACCGAGCCGCUUCAGUUCUGUUACCAGAACCAGACUUAAGUUCUGGACCCAAAACCUAAAAUAUUAAAAACACCCAGAAUCCGACAGUUCCCCCAGCCUGAGUCCAGUCUGGACCAGAACCUGGUCCUGUUCACAGCAGGACUAACAAACCCAGACUUUUAAAUGAUCCUGGUCUUAGACUGGUCCAGGUCCACAUCAGAACUGUCUUCAGUUCUGUCGGGUCACAACCCGGUCCUCUGCUGGAACCGGUCCGUGGACCAGAAUCAGCUGUUGGUCCUUUUUAAAUAUGAAACAAAAGGUUCUAAAGAACCUGAUCCAGAACCCAGUCCUGAACCUGGACCAGCUGGUUCUUCAGAGGACUGCAGUGGGUCCAGAUGCUGGUGGUCCAGGUUUGAUCCAGAACGUAGAAAACUUCAAAUCUUAAACUAACUUCAGCCCCGAACAUUCCUCAGAUCCAGAACUCAGGUUCUGGGUCCAAAUCGGUACCAAACCAACCCUGCAUCAUUCCAAACCCGGUUCUGAUCUUAACCUUUGGACCCGGAUCCAUGUAAACGUGUCUGAAACAGAAAAAUUUCUCUUUAACUGAAGGAUUCUGUAAACGUUCUGGAUUCUUCCAACACCAGAACCAGAACCAGAACCUUCAUGUUUCGUUUCUCUGUGUGGAAAUAAUUCUUCUUUUUAUAUCAAAUCUGAAAUAUUUAAACACAAAUAUUAACUCUGAGAUGUAAAACGAUUAGAAACAGUAAUCAGAGCGUUGAUGGCAGAAAAUCUUUUUCUUUCUCUUUAA